GGGACAUUUAAUUAAUAUUUGUUGACAGUGUUAACCCCGCUGAGUGUUUAAUUAAGUCUGUAGCCUGCUGCCGUUGUGUUUGGACCGCUGUAUUUCUGGCACCCAGUGCGUUGAAAAAGAAUCAAUUUCCUGUUCGGCUGCUGGAGCUCGGUUAGCUAACAGGAGGGAGUUUCCUUGUCCCGACUGAAGCAGAAAACAGGACUCUGAUCAGGUCAUCAGGCAGUCUCCCUAUGUCAGUCCGAAACGGGUCUGCCAGUGAUGCAGACUGCCAGAUCUCUGAGGACUGCAGCGUCCCAGAUGUUGAGCUGAUGGAGCUCGGGCCGCUGCUGGAGGAGGGAGGGGGGCGGCAGGGGCCAUGUAAAGGUGUUCAUCCGGAGGGAGCAGCGAUGAUUGCUGAUGAGGAAGAAGAGGACGGCGAGGUGGGCGAGGUUUUGACUUUGCCUCUUCAGGCUCAUCAUGCCAUGGAGAAAAUGGAGGAGUUUGUGCAUAAGGUGUGGGAAGGUCGCUGGAGGGUCAUUCCUUUUCAUGUCCUGCCCGACUGGCUGAAGGACAACGAUUACCUGCUGCACGGACAUCGACCUCCGAUGCCGUCGUUCAGGGCCUGUUUCGGAAGUAUCUUCAGAAUCCACACUGAGACGGGAAACAUCUGGACUCAUCUGCUGGGGUGGAUCUUAUUCGUUUGUCUGGGCACUUUAACCAUGUUGCGCCCCAACAUGUAUUUUAUGGCACCUCUGCAGGAGAAGGUUGUGUUUGGGAUGUUCUUCCUGGGAGCAGUCCUCUGCCUCAGCUUCUCCUGGCUUUUUCAUACUGUCUACUGCCACUCGGAAAAAGUCUCUCGCACAUUCUCCAAGCUCGACUACUCGGGCAUCGCCCUCCUGAUCAUGGGCUCCUUCGUGCCCUGGUUGUACUACUCCUUCUACUGUUCCCCUCAGCCUCGACUAAUCUACCUCACCAUCGUUUGUGUUCUUGGCAUCGCUGCCAUCAUAGUGGCCCAGUGGGACCGAUUCGCCACCCCUCGUCACAGGCCAACAAGAGCAGGCGUGUUCAUGGGUCUUGGACUCAGUGGCAUUGUCCCCACCAUGCACUUCACCAUCGAGGAAGGAUUCGUAAAGGCCACCACAGUCGGACAGAUGGGUUGGUUUUAUCUGAUGGGCGCCAUGUACAUCACUGGUGCCGGUCUGUAUGCGGCCAGAAUCCCAGAACGUUUUUUCCCCGGGAAGUGUGACAUCUGGUUUCAUUCUCAUCAGAUUUUCCAUGUCCUGGUCGUUGCGGCAGCGUUUAUUCAUUUCUACGGCGUCUCCAACCUGCAGGAGUUUCGCUACGGCCUCGAAGGAGGAUGCACAGAUGACACUCUACUCUGAAAGGCCCAACUGUGACUUACUUUUUCUUUACAGCUACACCCACACAGACACACACCCAUACACGCAAAAUGCUGCUGGACAUCAGUAUAGUCUCUUCUUGCUCCUUCUGUACUUCUGGGUUGCUUACAUCUUUGGGUUUUAGUGGUCUUUCUGCUUUGGCUUUUUUUGCUCCAGUAAAGUAGCAUUUACUAGCCAACGUACUAUGGAGGGAUCAGACAUAACUUAUAACUAUGAUACCUGUCCUAUAAGUGUUACAGAUAGUGUUUUCAAUUAGGAUUAAAGUGGGAUUUUAACCAAAUCUGAUAGCUUCUUCAUAGGUUCUCUCCGUUACCCUGAACCUCUUCAUGGUCUAUUACAGUUGCACAAAACGGUUCAGAGAGUAAUAUUAUUUAUGCCAACGGAGAAAGCCUGGACUUCAAGUUGUCCCCCCUCACAUGCAGGUUAGAGGAUGGUUGGAGGGUCUACAGCGGAGAGAACAGACACCCCUGCGUAAGGAGUGGGAAACUGUCUGAAUGUCACCGGAUGUUUUUCAAUACUGAUAUUGAUUACCUAUGUUUGGCUUCUCAGCAAUAAAGG